UAUCAGAGGAAACUCAGUGUCAGAUGUUAGUUGGAAAGAUUAAACAGGAAGGUGACUGCAAUCAUCAGUGUCUUCGAGCCCUUCAGGAACAGAUCCAGGGCUUGUGGAAAUGGCUGUGUGAGACAGAGGAAAGUUCAGCUGUACAAACAACAUCAAAUCCACACGGUGAGACUGAAAUGGUGACAUCACAGCCAGGAGGUGCAGAGAACAGAUUACAUGAAGAAUUGGCUGGUUGGUUUGGGAGAGGCUUGGAGGAAGAUUGUUCUGAAAUACAGAUAGAAUCCAAUGGAGGAAGGCCGUACUUUCAGAAGCAGGAGGGGAACCAGGGGAAGGUGUUAAGGACUGCCCAGGACUCUGAAAUGGAAAUAUUUGAACCUACACUCUGUCCACCAGCCUCUGUACCCGUCCAGGGCAAAAAGCUGCAAGAUUCACAAAUCACCCAGAAGCCGUCAACAGAGAAGAAUUGGGACUCUUCAGAUCUGACUCCAAAUGGGAACCCAGCAAUAUCCAGAGCAACUAACUCUGUGAAGAUACAGCAGGUGGAUUCCAAAGGCUGUUUUGUUCAACUGUUCAACACAUCCUAUGACAAGAACAUAGAUCUCAGUGGCUGCACUUUGCAACAGAGAGUUGGUGCUUAUCCAAUCUCCUUAUACCGCUUCCCACAACACUCACGGCUUCCAGCACAGCAAUGCCUCAAGAUUUGGGCUGCAGUAGCUGACAUCUCCCAAAGGCUUCCAUCUGACCUCGUGUGGCAAGAACAGCACCGAUUCUGGAGUGGACCAGAAUGUACCACAGCUCUUUGCAAUUCAAAUGGUCAGCCUAUCGCUUGGUACGUCCCCUUGCACAGAUUCUCAGCUGCUGCCAACUCGUUUGAUGUGAAUGAUGAUGCCUCAGAAGACUGGGCCCCUGUGCUGCUGAAAAAACAGCCAAUAUCUCAAACAGUGACCCCAUUGAAACAGUGCAAGCAGGAAGCAGCUUGGGCGCCCAGUCCUGAAAUGAUCAUUCCAUCUGAUACACGGAGAAACAGCUGGACAGACUUUGUGCCAUUACAGAAGAGGCGAAGUAUUUCUGCUCACUUUUCCUCGAACAGUAUGCGUCCCCAAUCGAACACCUCCAGCCUCACAGAACACAGCAGCUUGUGUUCUCUUAGCUUCGGAGAGACAGAAAUUAAUUCCUAUUUACAGUCCAGUCUCAUAUCUCUGCCUUCGGAUUCCUUACCAGUUACUCCUGAUUCUUCCAGACUGCAGUCACCAAUUCAAAUGUCCAGACGAUUGAGUCACACCGAGGAACUAAAUUUAACUACUGUUCCACCCCGACUUGCCAAGGCUUGGUUACUGCCUGGACUGGUCACUCAAAGAAAUACUCGCUCAAAAUAUACACUUCGAUUUAUGAGCUACCCACCCUUCACAACGGACACGCACGUUACCAGGAGAUAGAAAUCAUUGAGAGUGAGAACAACAAGAGGAACUGUGGAAAUGGAAACAGGAGAACCAUCAUUCAGCUCUGAAGGCAGUUCCACAUUUCAAUUCAAUCAUAGCUGAUUUUUGACUUAACUCCAAACACUUGCCUUAGCUUCAAAUGCUUCUUACUUUUUCAAGGAGAAACAUAUCAAUCUUAGACUUUGAACGUUUAAGCUAGUAGCUACUGUUUGUGGGAGAACAUUCAAUAAUUCUACCCGUAGCUUGAAGAAGUAUUUCCUAACUUCUCUCCUGAAUGGCCUGGCUUUGAUUUUGAGCUUCUGAACUCUCCCAUCAGCAGAAAAGUUUUUUUUUCUAUUAGUCCUAUUAGUUCUUUCCACAUUUUUAUGAUGCUGGACAAGGCCCCAAAUUAUGAUUUUCAACAAGACCACCAACUCUAUGUUACAAUCCUGUUAGGGUCCAGUAACUCUUUUUUUAAGGUCUACAACAAAUGAGACUCAGGGGACGUACUGAAAGAAUAAAUCCACAAGAUUCCAGUUUUGAAUAAACAACAGUACUUACUCUUAAAUUUGAAUUGUAAUAAAACCUACAUGUACAACUGAUUUCUAACAGUUAAAAUUAACACUUGAUAAGCAUGGGUAAUAUGCUAUGAUCAAACAUCCCUCAGCACAGCGAAUAGUAAAUACAAACAAGACAGAUCUCAUGGAUUUCUCAGUAACUCAGUAAUAUCAAUGACAUGAUGGGUCAUCCAAUCUCAAUAGAUUUCACAAGAGAUUAUUUUUCACUCCUGUUGAUUUGGUCUUGAAACUUCCUCCCUCCCAGUCCCGUUUUGGACAACUGAAUUGGCUGCUCCCAUUCUGGUCAUCCUCUUUUCCUGCAUCUAUAUCCCCCUGGGCCCUGAGCAUUAACUCAUGGGCUUAACUCCACCUCUUCAGCAUUUAGCUAGUCCCAGCGAGUCAGUCCUACUCCUAGGCUUUUUGCUGAGCUCUAACCUUGCUCAGUUACAUCAAGCAAAUACUGUUUGUGAGCUUUUCAAACACCAGACUGUCAGCUCCGCUGAGGUAUUACUGCUCACAGGUAUCCUCUGAGUCCAUCUAAAUCUUUCAUUGUGCUUUUCCCUGAGCCCAGUCUGCACAGAGUUAUUCAACUUGUUGUUGAUCUCAUGGGGUCCCUAAUGACACAGACUCAGCAUAGAUCAGUUGCCUUGAUCGCAGUACAGCAGCAGUUCAGCUCUUCGAAAAAGGGUACAUCCCUCUUUUUUUCAUAACUUGUUCUGUCUCCUUUGAAUACUACUGAACAGUCCUGAGUGACCUGUUAAAAACCUUGCAAUAAUCACAGGCAGAAUUGAAUGCUGCCACUUUACUACUGUUGAAACUCUCCAAACCACUGAACACUGCAAUGUCGUCAUUCCCAGAAGAGGAUGGAUUGGCUUUCAGCACAAAGAAUGCUUAGAAAAAGGAGGAUUCACCACAAUAUCCUCAAAAACUUCAAUCAAGUUACUCCUUAACUUUAAAGAUAUUUUCAAAUCAACCCCAUUCAGAAAUGUUCUUACAAACCUCUAGAACAGGUGAGACUUGAACCCAGGCCUCCUGGCCGAAAGGUAGGACAUUACCAUAAGCCAUAAGAGUGCCUACCUUUAAUUUUUCACUUUUCAUAUCAAGAAAUGUUAUCAUACACAACCAAAUAGCUCCCAUCCUGCCCCCCUACCCAUCACCAAUGGCAUUUUUUCAUCUUUUCACUAUCACCACUAAAUCGCCUGUGUUUCAAUUGAACCCCUAACUUUCUACUUUUCCUUUCAACUACCAUCUGUAAUCACCAAUGCAGUCAAUUAAAUAUUUACAUGCAAAGCUUGUCAACCUGCUGAGUGAUGUUAUUACCCACCUCUGAAACAGUUGGGACUUGAACCCAGGCCUUCUGGCCUCAGAGGUAGGAAUACUACCGCUGUGCCACAACAGCCAUCCUUAACAAGCUACAUUCUGAAAAUAAGUUGAAACUAGCUGGAAGUGGGAUUGGGGAAUCAAUUUGUCUACCAGUGCUGGCUUUAUUUAUCCUGUGUGCAAGACACAGACCAUUACAAGGAAAGAGGCCGCUUUGCUUAAGAAAAUGGGAAAGGAAAGAGAGGAGACUUGCUCAAGCCUGCAUUAGUAUUUUUUUUUAUCAACUUGCUAAAAUGUUAGAAUUUAAAAUAAAAUCCAUGAAUCACUUGAUAAAGCCUAGAACUUUAGGCCACUUUUUAAAUCAUAUAUUACUUUACUCAACUAAUCUGGAGAGGUAGGUGUUGCUGAAAAGGUCAAUAUUUGUUGCCCAUCCCUAGUUUCCCUUUGGGAGGGAAAGGGAAGAGUGGGCUGGGGGAGAGGGUGCAGCUUCUAGUCCUUACAUUGAAGGUGCUCCCAUGGCCCCUUUCACCCAGUACCUUACCAACUAUUCAGGACAGACAGCACUACCCACUGGUCAUCCCUUCCACCAGGGAUAACUGGGUGAGCAUCAG